AUGUCAUCUUUACGAUCUUUAUCGCUGGUGCCUCGGCGGUCGGCCCCUUGGUGGCGUCCGUUGUUUUCCAAUACAGCCCCCCGGAAUUGGGUUGACUACAUGUGGAUUUGUGCGGCCUUGGCUGGCUUCCACGUCGACCUGCUCAUCGUCACCUUGCCCGAGUCGGGCUACCACCGCGAGGAGGCCGCGGCGGCCAACGGUGGCGGUAUGCAAAAUAUCGACCUUCGUGGGCCGGGGUCGCAGGGUGGUUCGUCCGAUGCCAAAAAGACAGCUACGGCCGAGGCGCAAGAAUAA